AGACGACAAUAAAACUCCUUCCACCACACAUGAGGGAGCUUUCUAAGAAUUACGAAUGAUAAAUGUUAGCCCACUAUUUUCUACUGACACUAUUACUACCGACAGGUUUUACUCUAUAGUUUGUGUAGACAACGUAACGCGAAAUAGCUUGGUUUAGAAGAGGGCACAACUUCCCACACCCAUGUAUUCUUGGCAGCCAUGCCCCAAUGCUCCUAUUGUCUCGCCAAUGAUUUUAGACUCGGCUUGCAAUCAGGGUUGGCUUUCUUUUUCGAUCCCCUGCACACAGAAGAAUAAAAAAGAACAUACAAUGCCGGUAUUAUACUCUGGAAGGCGUCUCUGACGAUGAUUCAGAAGGCUAUUGAUCCCACGUACACACGGCUGGUGCAGCUUCUCCUAAUACGUGUACCGCAAAAUAUGCGAAAUUAUUUCCACAACAGAAUAUAAUUUUCGGUUGACCAGCCACACCCCUCACGAAGCGGAUAAGAUAAGUUAUGAAGCCCAUGCAACAAAGUUCGACUAGGUUCUGACUGACAGCGGUGUUUCUGGAAAAUUUGCAAUGGGGGAACUUUUUACAUGCGCUUUUAUAUGACAUGAUCGCUUAAUCCACCACAUAUAUAAGGAGAGAGAGAACAUUACUACCAAGUUUGCUCGAGUUUGAAGUUUGCUUUCAAUACUUUUUCAUUGGAAGUUUUAGUAAAAAUAUGGAUGAAGAAGUGCAAGACUCUGUUUCGGCUGAAGAGAGCGUUGCUCAAGAACAGCCAGAUAUAGCGCCACCAACGGACGCUCCUGCAGGUGCUGAACAAGAUAUGGACAAUCCAUCUGCAGGUGAAUUAACAGCUGAUGGAACAGACUUUCCUCCACCUCCACCUCCGGAUAGCGAACCCCCGCCUGAACCCGAAUCGGUACCCGAACCGGUACCCGAACCGGCACCCGAACCGGCACCCGAACCGGCAGCCGAACCAGAAUCCGUAAGCGAUUCAGUACCCGAACCCGAACCGAUGCCUGAAACGGAUCCGCCAACUGAACCAGCAUCAGAACCAACACCCGAAAUUGAUGACGAAGCAAAUGACGUCACAGAUCUUAUAGACAGUGCAGUUGACCCGGAAAUAGAUGAAGCUGCCGUUGACCCCACAGCUGAAAACGAGAUGAUUUCACAAGACGAGGAGAGUCAGGCACCUGCAGAGGUUACAGUUCACCCCGAGACCGAGUCCCCUGUGUCUGCAGAUGGAAAUAGCACGCCCCCACCGAUGUACGACGAGACAUCCGAGGAAGACAAACCUCAGGCAAUCUACCAAAACAGCAUGGUAGCCGAGGACACUGACGGCAUCACAACUCUGGACGAAGAGAUCCCCAACGGUCACGGCGUGAACGGUGACCUGGAUCCAAUCAUCAUGAUGUAUUCCAAUGAAAAGACAUCGUCGACGAGGGCUAGACUGAUCUGUUUUGUCAUGUUCUUUAUCGUGGUGGCCAUCACUGUCAUAGCACUGACCUUCUACUUAGUUCUUUAUUAUGAGAACGGAGAUAGUUCCGACUCAUCAGAAGGUCCGGUGGUAACAACGCCGCGUGCCCCAUAGCCCAGAGCGGACUGACACCAAUAACCUUGGAAACGGAUUUAUAUCGUCACCAUGGUAACCAAACAUUCUUAGGCUGAAACUCAAGGAUUGCCAAAACAAAGCCAGGAAUUCUGACCUAUCUUCGAAUGGAUGCCAGUUCUAAUGUGCAUGAACAUAAUGAGGAGAAGAAUUAUAGUUCCCACAGCACAAGUCAAUUAACUCUGACAUAAUAAAACAAAACGAUACAAAACAUGUAUUAAGGAAUCUAAAAUUGACCGUAUAAUGGCCUUCCUUAAUUCCAGGGAUUGGAUCUUAAAUCUCAUGAAUACUCAUCCCAACGUUCUUUGAAAAAGGUACAGCUCACGUGUUGUAAAAAAACUAAUGUAUCAUGUGUAUUAAUACAGUUUACAGAAGUACAUUAAGGCUACUUGAUAUCUAGAUAUUAAUGUAAAUAUUUAUUUUUGGAGCAAUUUUUUAAAUGUUAUUUUCAUGAACGAAAUAACCCCCAUAUAAACAUGUCUGUCGGCAAUAUGAUGUGAUGUUAUAAACGUACGUCAUGCUCAUUGACGUCAUGGCAUCUCUUAGAGGCUGAAGCCAUAGCCACGCAUCUGUCGGUGAAUCACUGCAGCUGGACCAUCUCCGACCCGCUCUCCGUUUAUGCGUCUUCCUAUAUCCUCUAAGGGAGGGCGCUAUGAGAUUAUGACGUCAUAUGCAUAAGGUCUUUACCUGGGGUUCGAGCUGACCAUGGUAUAAAGCUAUAAUGAUUCACGCUCUUUAGGAAAUUAUUGAAGAAUUGACUGUUUCAUCUUUGUCAUUCAGAAAGCCCAAACGGCAAGCAUCAAUGGUUACAAUGGUCUCUGUAAAGAUGAAUUCAAAUGCUCGAGCGCCUAAUCAGAGAAAUAAUAUUAGUAAUACUUGUAUAGCGCUUUUCACUUUAGUCUCUAAGCGCUCUACAGUCAUGCAGCAUAAUUACCCCGGCCUUAACAGAGCAGCUGUUACGUGCUCUGCGUUUUAAGGAAUACAUUCCUACCAGGUGCCAUGAUCACCUCACCUGGCUUGAGUGCAGCACAGUAGCCGUGUUAAAGCCGGGGUAAUAGUUUGCAGCGCUUAGAAACAUUAUAUUGAACGCUAUAAAUGUUCCAUAUUAUUAAUGUUAUUAAUGUUAUAACUCUUAGAUUCAAAUUCACAUUUUUUUUUUCAUAUGACACACGAUCAAAAUUAAUUACAUCAAAUUCCAAUUGACAUUAAUGAUGGUUUGAUGGCCCGGAAAAGCUAAGAGUCUAUAUAAAAUUUGGUAAGCCGAAUAACAAUUGAAAUAAAGAGACGAAGUAUUCCUCUUACUAAAAGAUAAAAAACAUAUAGGGGUGGUAAAAAACGAGGAAAAACCUUUCGUUUUCAUUAAGAAAAACAUUCAGGGCGACGACUUCACCUUUACUCAUUUGAACAAUACUUGUAGCAAACGUCUGGAAAUUGUUUUAAAUAUAGAUAUCAUUUAAAUAUUGUUAGAAUACUCUUUCUUGUUUUUAUUAUGAAUUUUUUUAAAAUGUAUAUGAUAAUAGUGUUUAUCAGAUUGACUUUGCAUUAACGUAUCUUCCUUUAGUUUAAUAAAGAGCAUAUUGAAUAAGUGGUUGAAAAUAAUUGACUAUAUGGCUGAAAUGAGUCUGGAUGAAUUGUACCAUAUUGUUUCAGUCCUUGAGUAACCUUACUUGAAUGUAUUUUUGUAUUAAACAUUCUUUUUUCUAUUUUGCUAUCCUUUUUUGUAUACAUUUCACUGAGUUUGAUUGAAAAUGUAAUAGUGACGUAAACUGUUAUAUUGUUCCUUUUGAUUACGUGUUGAUUAUGUAUGGGUUAUAUGAUUUGUGAUAUCAUCAGUUGAAGCAGUAUUGUCUAAUAUUUUGUUUGAAUUAGAAUAACCCCCAUAAUCUUUUUUUACAAUCAUGUUAGGUAUUGAUUGUAAAUAGGGAAAUAUAGGCCUAUCUAGUCUUUGUUUUUGUAAAGUUAAUGGAUUGAAUACUUUAUACCGGCAGGAAAGGUAAUUGAGUUACAUUUUUAUGUGAAUGUGUAAAACUAGAAUCAUGAAAAGACAAUAAAUAUUAAUACAUUUUUA